AUGCGGCUUUUGGACGGCCCCAGAGGUCCCGCCCCCUUCACUAAAGACGCAGGCGCGGAUUCGAAUCGCACAGCGGAGUCUCGCAGGCGCUGCAGGUGGAGAUCACCGAACACCUCCGUCACGAAAGCGCGGGAAAAGUCUGCUGUCCGUGGAAACACCGUCUCAGCCCCGCAGCCGGGUUUCUCCUUUCCUUUCAGAAUGACAUCCCUGGGUAGCGUCUGCUUCCUCUUGCCUGUUGCUUUCCACCUUUUGAUGUUGCCAAGCCUCAGCUCUAUGGCUGCUGCUAGAAGGUGCGGCUCCAUCUACAAGGGCUUUGCCCAGUGUCUUCUGGCCUUGGGGGACAGCUUGUCUGUCAGCAGCCAAAAAGAAGAGGACCUGCACGAGAUCGACUCAGUCUGCAGAUCAUGGGACGAAUUCCAUGACUGUGCCAACUUGGCCAUGGCUGGCUGCCCCAACGAAGCCGCUGCUGUGUGGGAGUCUCUAAGACAAGAGUCUAAAAAGAUGCAGUUUGCAGGUAACCUGUAUGACAUGUGCUCUAGUCGCAGCCAAUCUGCAGCUGACACAGGGGCCCAGAGCCCAGACGAGACCAAUCAAGAGUCGCUGAAAGGAAAAGCCAGUCAUUUAAACCUAGGCCAAAGCAUCUUUCUCCCCGUUUGCUUGUGCUUACUGUUCCUUUACCUGUGGAUAUAAACUAAGACUUUCUGCUUUAACAGACAUGCAGUGGAAUGUAAUGAAUUACCAAAUGGACUGACAUGUGUGAUGUUGACAUUUAACACAUUGAAUUAAUAAUUCUUUUUUUUCCCUGUAAAAAGGCAUGCUUUUAAACAAAAUCUGACACGUACAAUGGCCUCUAGAAUGAUUGUUAUCUAAAUGAGCACAAAGAAAUAUCUAAAACAAAUAGCACAUGCAAUGAGUGAUACUGUAUGUGGAGCUCAAACUUACAAACAAUGACAUUAUGUAAUUUUUUUUUUCAAACACAGCAGUGCAAUUUUUCUACAAGAUGUUCUUUGUGAAAUUAUUGGCCAUCGUACAUUUAAUAUUUUAUUAAGCCUACCUCGGAGAGAGUAAAAGCACUAAAAGAAUAAUAACAAAAAAGUCUGAAAAAGAAUAUAAAGUAUAGUUUCACAGCAUGCUGCUUUGAGGGUGACAGAUUUUAUUUCACAUUUUCACAAUCCCAUUAUAUGUCCAAACAGGAGUUAAGGAAACAAUGAAAACUGCAUACAUUCUGCAAGCAAGCUUAAUACUACAGCAAAUUGGAUUUAUUUGACAGCAUAUAAUUGUCAGGAUUUUUUUCUUAUCCAGAGCAAUAUGCUUAGUGCUAUUAUGGUUUCCUGCAAAAGCUGUUUAUGAAUAAAAUAUCACAUUUUUAUUACAAAUCUGUUAUUUUCUUCUGUGUAAAUAUUUGUAAAUGACCUUCAUGGCAAUGUAUAAUUAAAAAAAAAUCUGCACUGGGGAGAUACUAUAAUUUACUAUAGAGAAUGCUGUGGUGCAUUUUGGGAAAUAAUAUAUGUCAAAUAUUCAGUGACAUCUAGAUUCAUUCCAUAAUAGAUAUUUGUGAAUAAUGUUUGUGAGCCAACAUUUACAGUUGUUCAGCUCCCAUUACUAUUCUUUUUUCUUUCUAUUCAAUUUAUAGUUCAUUUUUUGUUUUGAUUGGUAAUUUAAUACUAAUGCUGUUACUUAUUCCAGUCAUUUGUUUUGCAUUCAAAAUGUUCCACCUGUUCUGCUGUAAUGGUAACAGUCCUAAUAAUUAUAAAGAGCCCGAAUCUG